CAACUAUUCUGACCUGCUCGUCUUCCUCAUUGUAUUGUCACCUUCACCGUCGACUUCAUCCUGUCACUCGUCGGUUUCUCUCGUUGUUGCACAAAAGCUUCCUCACUUCCUUCUUGUCCACUUAGCACCUGCAUUGCUUGCGACUUUGUGCACAAUCCGACACGAAUCUUCAUUUUCCAACACGACCAGAGACUCAUUACACUCACUCGCUCUUGAGACCAAGUCUUGAUAUCAUUCCUCUUCCUACCUUCAACGAUAAUCACUCUUCUCGUUUCCUCCACGCCAUGGUCAAUCUUUCAUGACCUUCGCCGCACGCUGCAAUAGCAGAGUCAGGACCUUUACACCUUCUCCCGCUCGCAGCAGUUAAACCUCAACAUGGCCGCCUCUCCUGGUGAAGGCGUGUCCAUACGGAGCCUUCGGCUCAAAGUCCUCUACACAUUCGAUCUGGAUCAGAAAGACAACCACCUUGCACGGUGGCCACAACCUCUAGAAGUUCAAACUGCCUUCUUAGAUGAAUCCAAUCAGAUUGGCGUCGUUGACCUCAGAACCUGCCUGGAAGCUGUCACGACUGCAAGUCCAGAGCUGACAGCACAUUUUGAAAAUGAUUACACAGUCUACGCCUAUGACUACUCUGAGCCGGAUACCCCUCUGGUUGGUCAGGGUCUAUUGUCAAAGACACUCGCUGCACAGCCACAUAGCUUUGAUGGAGAGAGUGAAGCUCUCAUCACCGGUCGAAUCACAAAGAACAUAAUGGGCUUGUUCUCUAAAAAUGCUCAGGAAACCCUCGAGGUCAAGCUUAGGCUUACACCCGUCAACAAAUAUAAUGGAAGAUACCGAUCUGGAAGUGUGAGUUCUCAGGAUGGCGGCCGGCCACAAUGGGCAAAUAACUCAGCUUCUCAAAUUCUCCCCAGAUCCGCGUCUCCUGUGGAUCUCUCCGGCCUGGAGACCAUGCAUAGGAUGUUGAACAGAGAUAACACGCAGGCGCCUGCUUAUCCUGAUGUGGGCAGCAGACCAGCCACGCCUACGAUGUCUCAAUCAUUGGCUCCACCAGCAAGACAAGCUGGGAUGGGAUCAAGGCCAAGCUCCAGGGCUGGUGUCCGCCAACAACCCCAUGAAAGACGCGACUCUUUCAACUCUGGUUACUACAGUGGAGACGAGAACCCAGACGACGGGCCAUCACGGAAACGCGCCAGAACUAUGAAGGUCGACUGGCCUACCAAGGCAAGCUUCAACAUCGAGAAGCAGCCUGAUUCCUUACGCGUUAUGGCAAGUACCGCGUCCAGCGUCCGACUUCACAGACCAGUCCCUCUGAACCCCUUCGUCACGAAUCAGCCCGGCCAACCGGCCGAAGAGUCUGUUAGACCACCUACGCCUAUUCCGGCAUCCAAGUCCGGCAGACCUCGAGGUCGGCCUCGCAAAAAUGCGCCGAGCACACUUACCCGUGGCUCUCAGGUUCGAGAGUCGUCCCCUAUGACAGACUUCCCACCUCAUUCACAGACACAAUUCUUGAAUGCUGUUUCCCCCGAGGACACCCGCACAAGAAGUGUGUCGAGCACUCCUGCGAAUAUCCCAUCAUCGCCGCCUGUCAUGCCGGAGCCAGAUCACCCAACAGUCACAAGUCCUGUAUUACCUGUCAUGUUGGAGCCUGGCCAGGAUUCAGGUUUCAUGAGCGGCAAUUUCGAUGAUCUAUUUGGCGAAACUCUUCUGCCGUUUGAUUUCAUUCAGGACAAGCAUGACCUUCCCGGAGACUUCGACCAUUCCCAGGCCCAAGCUCCAGAAUCUACAGCUGCAAAUCCCCCUGUAUUUGAAGAGGGCAACGACAUUCCCCCACAGCCGACAUCGAAGCAAAAACUUGCAAUGGUUCCUCCCCCACCGCCACAGGCAACAACUCAACGAUCCCUAUCACGCGCCCAGUCCUACACCCCCUCGCUUAGACCUAUGAUUUCGUCUCCUCGGUUAGCUCCUGCUCCCAUUCCCAGGGCACGUCAAAUCAUGGAAGAACGACAGCGCAUUGAGCAGCGAGCAAAGCCUGCCAUACAACCGACACCCCUUCCCAAAAGUGACCCUGCUCCCCGUGUAAUACACCGAUCUCAGACUUGGGCGCCCGAUAGCGACGCAUUGAUGUCCGAGGCACCCACAAUGGAAGAAGCAAGAGCAAAGGCUGCUUCCAAGAAGAAGGUGGGAAAGGAGCAGACGAGAGCGCGCCUCGAGAAUGCCAUUGCAAAUGGUGAAAUGCCGCCUUAUUGUGACAAUUGUGGUGCUAUCGAGACUCCUGCAUGGCGGCGUGGAUAUGCCAAAAUAUUCGAGUCUGGAUGGGACGACUUGGUGACAUCACUUGAACCCGGACAAUGCUGCUUCAAGGAAAUCCUGACACACAACCCUGACGGUAGCGUGAAGACUUUCCGGGGCUACAAAUGCGAACGUCUUGCAGGAGAUGACGAGGACAACUGGGCUGCAAUCACCUUGUGCAAUCCAUGUGGUCUAUGGCUUCACAAACAGAAGUGCCCGCGCCCAGCAAUUAAAUGGCAGAAGAAGGAACCGGGGCAUAAAGGCAAGCGCAAGCGGAAUCCAUCCAAGGCAUCGAAGCGUGCGAAUGGCAACACUGGCUUCAAAAGCGAUGCUCAAACUCCCGCUAGUGACGACUCAUCGCCUGCCACGGAAGCCCCCGAUGGUGAUGAUAACGAGAAUGACAGCUCGAACAAUGACGACUUUGCGGUCGAUGACACAGAACCACAGCUGCCCGAGAUACAUCGGCUUCAUCGCGCUAGCAGCGCUGAACCAGGUCCACGGGGCCUACAAAAUCGCAUGCGACACCGACCAGUGGUGAGACAAGUGCAGUCUAGCCCUGGACAUCCACAAGGCUCGGAGAUCAUGCCGAUCGAAAUUGGCUUCUCACCAAAGCCCGUUCGAAGACAGCUCUUCCCAUCCCCUGCCAAAGUCCACGUCCGCUCUGACCCAGGACCAACAAUGAUGAGCUCGACCACAUCCGUUGAACCACUUCUUCCAACCUUUGUCCGUCGAAGCCCCCGACUGAAUAAAACCAGGGAUGUCUUUGCACCUAGUACAGCCACGCUAUCUGUUGUUGCAGCGGGAAAGGAGAAUGCUGCUCCAGCUCUCGAGGCACUUCCCGUUUCUCAGAUUGCGGACGAUGGACUUGAUCAUCUCUUCGAAGAAGGACCUGUGGAUCUCGAGUUGCCCCCAAUGACGCCCACGCCUAAGAGGCGCUCUGAAAGAAUCCUUCUGAAGACUCCAUCGAAGACUCCUUCAAAGACCCCAUCUAGGCAGUUUGGGGCAGAAAUAUCUUCGAACGCCGAUCUCCAUCCAAACUUUCGCACGCCUAAGCCUCGCCCAAACAAUCAGCAUGCCUUGCUCUCUGUCCUUCUCGGCACCAACCACAAAGACGUAUCAACUAUGACACCAUUCUCACGCUCGAUCCACGAUGCCAUUACGAGUGAUGCUCCUAUGUUGAUGGGGAUGGCAGAGGACGAGCCAGCUCAAUCACGCGGCUCGGCCAAGAAGAUUUCACCCAGCAAGGCACUUGAUUUCGACUUUCCUGACCUUCCUUCCCUUAAAGGCUCGUCGCCCAUGUCUGGCAAUCAGCUUGUCGACUUCAACCUAUCAGAACUGACAACCGACCAACUCAAUAGUGACUUUCAGGAUCCUUUCGCAUCGCACUCGACGCUGCCUAGUUCGCCGCCAGCAAGCAUGUUUGAUUUUCUCGAGAAUCACGGUGAAGAUAUGGCAGCUGUCUGGGGUGAGCUCAUGGAGGAUGUUGAGGAUCAGCACGACAUUCACGGCUCUGGCUACCCAGACCCAGCUCAUGCAAUGAAACCACCUGCGCAGCCUAGAAGAAGUCCAAGAAAACAACAUGUGGCUUGAAGAUGAUGAAUAGCUGUGAUUAGGGCUUCAAUUUGUAUUCUAUGGAGUGCCUCGACGAGAUCGACAUCACGAAAAUAACGUAUUGUGGUUAAAGGCAUAGUUUUCAACAGAAUCGCUUAUCGGGCAGACGGUUUCAUCCUCGACUUGUACCAGAGUAAUAUGAUACACGAACAUGUUAGAGUUGAU